AUGGAAAAAACAUGGAGAUGUAAUUCCUGCCUAGUGGUUAACACGGAGGAGGCCACAGAAUGUGCAUGCUGUAUGCAAAAGAGGAGUGACGAGGAUGGUAAGACAAACGGAAAUGUUAUGAAUAAUGUGAAAAAAAAAAAUGACGAGGACUCUUCCAUUAACACAGACACAAAUGUUGAAGCGCAUGAUGCCACAAAUUCAACAGAGGACACCAAACAUAGUGAAAAUACAAACGAAGGUAAAGGAGACAUGUUCGAUGGAGGUGGUUUUAUGCCAUCACUCAAGCAAUCCCCUGACACGCCAUCUUCAAAUAAAAGCAUUUUCUUAACGGCCGUGCCAAAUAGUAAUGCCACCAUCGCAACGAACGAUACCACAACUGCCACACUUGAGGACACCAAUGGGCACAUUAAACAGAACAAAACGGGGGAGAAUAACGCUACUGGGGAGAAAACCAAAAAGUCUAUUGGAAAAGGCAGAGAGAGGAAGAAGGCAGACAAACGAGAGAGAGCUCCAUCUACGCGAAUACAACCUGCUCGAAAAUGCACACAAAAAAAAAUAUGUUACAAGACAUAG